AUGCAAUCCUCCAGCUCCUUCGAACUCGCCCGCAACGGCCGCUCUAGGCCGAGCAAUCUCCUGGCCACACGCUCCAACAGCUACGAGCUCGCCUGGCCCUCUUCACCCUCACUCAACCCUGACCAGCACGCCGGGACGAGCGCCAAUAAGCUGCGCAGCCCUCUCAUCGUCGACGGUCUCCCACCUACGCCCAUCACUGCCGGCCUUCCCAUCGAGACGUCGGCCCCUUCUUCCUCAUCCUCGACCGCGGCCUCAGCCCCCUCACCGGUCCGCCUCCCCUCGAUCAACGCCAUGCUCGCAUCAGCCUCAACGGCCGCAGCUUCCCCAUCUCUGCUCACCCCUCCCUCCAGCGCCGAGAUCCAGACCACCAUGCUUCCCCCUGCCCCGCCCACUCUCGGAGCCCACGACGUCGAGGCAGACGAGGGUCGCUUCGCUGGGCCUCGCCCGCAGUGGGUGCAGGAUGCGGAGAAGGCUACCUUUGUUGGUGUGCGUGCCCCCAUCUCGAACGCCACGGUCACUGCCUCCCCUCAGAGUGACAUUCGCUUGUCAUCGCGAGCAUUCAAUGACGCUACUCAGCCUCAUGAUACGCAGAUGGACGGCACUCCUGUCGUUGGGCUAGGCUUCGCCCCCUGCCAACAGACGCCUCGCAUGGACCGCCGUUACGAGGAGGCAGGGCUCAGCACCCCCACCCAGUCCUCCUACUCGGCACACAGACGCCCGGCUCCCGCAGCAACGCCUCGCGCUCCCUCCGUGGCACAGCACGGCAUUUUCCCAGCCACCCAACCGUGCUCACCAGUCAACCCACCCCUCAGCGCCAGCAGGUGGAACACCGACCUCCGAACCCGCUCCGGUCUCACCCCGCAGCGCUUCUCACGAACGCGUGGGCCGUUCUCCUCUACGGCCAUGCAGAGGGAGAAGGCCGUACAGCUCGAGCCCAUGUCCGCUGAGCAGCAGGCUCUUUUCCCCACUCAGGCGGGCGUGUAUGGACUGGGCAUUGCACUUGACGGCAGCGAGGUGGGAAUGAGCAAUGUAGGCGCUUCCACGUCCGCUUCACGAGUCCACGUAGACGAGGACAUCACCGGCAUUCAGGCAGCUCGUGCCCUGCCCACUGGCUCGGCCUCAACUGGUCUCACCCCUUCCCUCCACGCUACUCGCAUUCUCGCUGACGCAAGCGCUAUGGCUGCACCAGCGAGCCCGAGCCCUAGCUUGCGUACAAAGAGUAAGCAGCGCUCUGAUCUCGUCAGGAGGCAGGCAGAAGCUGCUGCUGCCGCCGGUACGAAGAGGAGAUCGAUGGACGAGGUGGAACCAAAGAGGUCGGAGGUGGCAGGAGAGGGAGAGGGACAGGUUGAACCGGCACUCGCCGCUGCGGGCCCUAGCAGCAACACGACGAAGAAGACCAACACCAGCUCCUCGUCCUCUUCCUCAUCGACCAAGAAGAACCCAAGCAGCAAGACUCGCUCCUCCUCCCACGCGACAUUCAAAGCCACCCCUCCCUCCUCAAUUUCUACACCCUCACGCUCAACCACCUCAGCACUAUCUCAGCGUGACUCCAACCGCUCAACUGCCACUUCAUCGCCGUGGGGCGUCUUCCGCGUCAAGUCCCACGGGGAAUGGAAGCCUCUCGCCCCACCAGGAGGAGGAGCGGGAGCCGCCUCCAAUGCAGCUGGUGUGUCCAAGAAGCUCAAGAGGUCGACCCCUGCGCCCGGGAGCACGGCGACUGGUGGGCAAGGGGCAGGAGCCGUGUCAGGGAAGGUGGGCUACGAACCCACUCGUCGACCUACGUCCGCGCAUGGGAGUGGACAAGACGAUAAGGAGAAUGUGGCGCCAGCGCGAAGGGGAGGGGAUGUAUUCGGUGGAAGUGCGCAGGGGACGCGUCGCCCUACGAGUAGUCAUGGCUCGAGACCGGGGAGUGCGCAUGGGGUGAAGAAGAGGACUGUGGUCGGGGGAUUGAGGUAA